CUGGCCGCCGGCGCGCGCGACUCGCCGGCUUCCGACGACGGCGCGUCAGACGUCUCCUCGGCCAAGUCGUUCCGACGCCAGUCGCCGGAGACGCGCAACAAGCAGGGCAUCGAUGACCUUACGUCGGACCUGCUCCAGAUGCUGUCAGACGGCCUGCACGCCGACGUCACCAUCCAGGUGGACGGGCAGGAGGUGGCGGCGCACCGGUGCCUGCUGGCCGCCCGCUCCCAGUACUUUCGGCAGCUGCUGGCGCCGUCGCAGCACAACGUGGUGCACAUCGACGGCCACAAGCUGGAGACGGUGGAGUUCAUGCUGUUCCACCUGUACUCGGGCGCCAUGUACGUGCCGGAGGACGUGGACCUGAGUGAUCUGCUAACGCUGGCCGUCAUGCUGGGCCACAAGCAGCUAAUCAGGAUGGCCGAGUUCGCCAUGCGCGUGCGGCUCUGCCACAUGUUCCACAAGCCGUGCGGCGAGUGUAUCCCGGGCGUGUUGGAGACGCUCUGUACGGCGGCCGAUUGUGACCUGGACGACCUGGCGGCGCGCUGCCUGGCGUGGGUGACGCAGAACCGCGUGACCGUCUGGGCCGACCCCAGCUUCAGCGAAAUCACAGACGAGUACCGCGCCUGGUGCUUCCAGGAGGCCGCCACCCUGAGCCAGGACACGGUGCUGGACGUGCUGGCCGACUGCCGGCGCCUCUCGGUCCAGCUGCCCGCCGUUCGCUGGUCCCAGCAGGUGCGCGACAUGGUGGAGACGCUGCUCAGCAACUCGGUCGUCUUCCUGAGCCGAAACCUGGGCGCCAUCCUCGUCUCGGACAAGUUCAUGUCGCUGGCCGAGUCGGGCGGCUGCGCGGAGCUCGAGCAGUACCUGCUGGCGGCGGCCGACGUGCAGAACAGCGCCGACGCGCACACCAGCCUGGAGAUGCUCUGCCAGCUGCAGUCCAUCCCCAGCCACGGCUGGGACAAGAGCUUUCUGGGCAUGCUGCAGCGCAUUAAGCAAGUGUGCAACCGAAGGGCGUCCGGGGGCCAGAACUACGCCAGCCUGCACCUCCAGCGGAGGACGGUCCGGGCCCAGGUACCAGCGCGCGCCAGCGGCCGCCCGGCGGCCGAGGUGACCAGUGAAGUCGCCGGGCGCGGCCGCUGCUCGCGGCCCGGCAGCGAGUCGGGCGCCGACGAGUCGCCGCGCUCGCGCGUCGGCUCGCGGCCCAGCUCGAACAGCUCGCCAGAGUCGCGCUCGCCCUACCUCCGCCGCAAGCACCUGCUCGGCCUGGACCGCGACGAGGGCUCGUCCGGCUCGUCGGGCUCGUCGGGCGGCCGGCGGACGAACGUGCGCGGAGGCGGCAGUCAGGCCAUGACGCAGAGCGUCGUGGCCGAGCCGACGGCCGCCGAGCCGCCCGGCAUGAACCGUUCGGAGAGCUUCACCAUCUACAAACACGAGUGAGGCCGGCGGUGGCUCGCCGCAGAGAGCUGCCGAGGGCGGGCGCGGGGAAGACGGGCGGCUCCACCGCCGCAGCUGGCGGCCAACGCGAGGUGAUCGAGGCCAGGAGCCCACGGUGCUCUGACGACUGGUGAACGCGCUGGUGAUGAUCCGCGGCCCGUCACUCUACCAUUUGCCGGCCUGGAGCGGCACUGGCGAGGAGCGGUGUCGGCACCGGAGCGGCCGCGGACCGGCCGCCAACGCACCUGCAACAGUAUUACGUGCUCUCGCUUUGUACCGCGUGUCUACGUGCAUUGCACGCCCAGGUAAUCAUGGUUGUCAUCUCAACGGGCGUUGAUCGUCAUGUGCAUGUUGGGCACCCUCUGCUGCUGGAAUGCUGGACUUGUUCCCCAGCACGCCUUCAAAAGCUGCUUCGAGCCUGAGCUUGUUGUCUGCAGCUGCUCGCAGCGGUGCCUUGCCGCCGUACAUGCGUUUUGGCGGCCCAGUCCGUGCCAUACAUUAGGAGGAAGGCGUGGGACAUGGGACGAAAGUGGCGAGAACAGUGGCACACUAGCGGGAAGGACAGCGUGCGGACGUCGCGUAUUGCGGCAGCGUGAAUUGUGAGGAGCAGUGGUAUGCGUUGGCACCAUGCUGUCAACGAAUGAAGCCGUAAGAUAAGCAAUCAUCUGCAUUUGUGCGGUGGCUGGAGGUCGGUCGUGACCGUCUCUUGUGCCAUAGGUUGGUGCGUGAGUUCGUGUGCAGUUCCUGGGCGUGCUUAUGCUGUCCUGGGCGUGCGCCUCUCGCUGUGGGCCGUCUGCUGAGGUGUUCGCAUUCCGCGUGCUGUUUCUUCGCCUUUGCGGGCGACGCGCCGAUGAAGUGCGCUCUAAAGCGGUACUGGAGAAGGAGAGGUUGUGUCAUGUGCAUAGUAUCCUGGUGGUUGGCGGCGUUGGGUGGUAGAUUCCCAGCAGAUAGUCACGUGCUUUGCGCAGCUGACGGCGGUAGUGACGAGAGACGCGGCAGCUAGCGAGUCGGCUG